CACAUUAAUGUUACAACCUUCUGUAUUUAUUUCUACGCAUCCUCAGACCCGUGAGCUCAUAACUCUGCUGCUCUGGUCUCCUCAGCAUUGUGCUUUUUAAACCCCCCAACUCAAACACAAAAUCAACAAAAAUGAAGUUUGUACUACAUUACACAUUGUUACUAAUUCUCCUGUGCCUGCCUCUAGGCAUGCCAUUUACGGUGAUCAUGUCGGACUCUGGCGUCCCAUCGGCUCUGGUGGAUGCCCCGCAGAUUGGGAGCUCGAUGAGUAGCAGCGGAGCCAGGACUGAUAAACAUGAACAAGAAGCGGUUUACGACAUCAUGAAGGCCACUGGAAAUGAAUGGGCUACUGAAAUUCCUGACGUUUGUCGCGGUCGGUGGCAUGGGAUCGAAUGCAUGCCUGAUAAGGACAAUGUGUACCACAUUGUGUCACUUUCCUUUGGGGCAUUGUCGGAUGAUACUGCAUUCCCUAUUUGUGAUCCGAAUAGGUCGUUUAUCUCGCCUUCCAUCACGAAGCUUCGACACCUUCGUGGCCUUUUCUUCUAUGGCUGUCUCACCAACAAUCCUCAGCCCAUUCCUUCGUUUUUGGGAAAAUUGGGUUCCACAUUGCAGACAUUAGUCCUCAGGGAAAACGGACACGUGGGGUCUAUACCAAAUGAAAUCGGCAAUCUUACUCAUUUAAGAGUUCUAGAUCUUCACAAAAACAAUUUGAACGGUUCAAUUCCAGUUUCAUUAGGCCGAAUUACUGGCUUAAGGUCGUUAGACUUGAGCAUAAACAAGCUAACAGGUUCAAUUCCAAGUGUAACAUUUUCGCGUUUAAACAUACUAGACCUCAACCAAAAUCUCCUCAGCGGCCUUAUCCCAGCCUCUAUUGGAACCUGCCAUUCUCUACUUAAACUCGAUUUAAGCCAUAACCGUCUCUCUGGUUCCGUCCCUGACUCGAUCAAUCACCUCAACAACCUAGUUCUCCUAGAUAUAAGCUACAAUAGUCUAUCCGGUCCUCUUCCACUUUCAUUCAAAGGCAUGAAAUCUCUUCAAGCUUUAAUACUAAAUGCAAAUCCAAUGGUGUACUCAACAAUGCCGGAUAAUCUAUUUGAUGGUCUGAAGGAUCUCAUGAUCUUAGUCCUGUCAGAAAUGAAUUUACACGGACCAAUACCAGAGUCAUUAGGCCUUUUAUCAAGUCUCCGCGUCCUCCACCUUGAUGGCAAUCGAUUGAAUGGCUCUGUUCCUUUAAGUUUCCGCAAUUUGAGCAAUCUUGGUGAGCUUAGACUAAACAACAAUGAGCUAACAGGAAGAGUUCCUCUGGGAAGAGAAAUGGCUUGGAGGAUGAAACGAAAACUGAGGCUUUACAACAAUUCAGGCCUUUGCUACGAUGAAAGGAACGGCUCAGCUGAUGAUCUGGAUCUGUUGUUCGACUCUGGAAUCAGGCAUUGUGGAACACAGAACACUGGAACUGGCAAAACUGUGCAACAUGUUUCAACAGGCACAAAUGUGGUCGGAGUAGCAAGUAGAAGUACAGCUGCGACAACUCACAAGUCAUUAGUUCUUUCGACUUUGCUUCAGCUAGUGACCAUUUUUGUAUUCAUCGCGAGACAGUGAGGAAAAAUAUAUGUACAUGACUACAUGGCUAAAAUUUUAUAUAUAAUCUUGUAAUUGUAGCAUCAAAUGGUAUACAUGAUCUUUAGUAAAUUUUCGCUAAAAGGACUAAGUGUCACGUUGA